ACGCUCAAUCUUAUAUUCUUUUCGAAAGAAAAUUUGUUAAUUUGUUUUAAUAUAUAGCUCCGUCACACAUUGCUUAUGGGCUCCCCUUUAAAUAGACCUAUCUAUUUAUGUCAUUCCCACCUUUGUCAUUUCAAACAACACUCAUCCAUUUUCACUAAAACUCCAUGCUAGCCAUGUCCACCACAGAAUUUUCAGAUCCAAAUAAAAUCUACAAGAAUCCGCUGCACUGGAGAAAAGACUCCAGUGAGCUCGACGUGUUUGAGGCUGCAAUGUACUUUUCUGGCGCCACCGAAGUUUACAGCUGUAGAGGUGGAAUAAUAAGCCUACAAGUCCCUGCACUGAGAAACGCAUCACUUUCUAAUUCCCAAACUCAGGUGAUGGAGAAGCCAGUAGUGACCAAAGAGGAGACAAAGUCCAAUUACAAGCAACCAAAUUCCCCAGGUGGUAGAAUCGCUCAUUUCUUGAAUUCCCUCUUCAACCAAACAGGUUCCAAGAAGAAGAAGAAGAAAUCAAAGUCCACCACCACACAGUCAAUGAAGGACCAUGAAUUUGAUGAGAGCAGCCCGGGCGGACGGAGGAAAAGUAGGAGUAGCACUAGCACGAGCCAUUUCGGGAGUGCCCCUAUUGAGGACCCGAAACCCGUUUCAAAUUCUGGCUUCAGGACACCUCCUCCAUAUUCAAUCACACCCACAAAGGCAUACAAGGAUUUGAGAAGCUACUCAGAUCACAAGCCCAUUUAUUUGCAGAAAAUCACAGAUCAGUACCCCUGUUUGGAUGGGAAAUUGAAUUUGCCACAUGCUUGGCCUGAGAAGUUCAAGAAAUCUGGGAAAGAUGGGAUUUGGGAUGGGAAGUGCCAAACAGAGAAUAAGGAAUCAAGGAAGUUGGAUGAUCCUGUGGAUGAUGAUGGGGCAGGGAGUGAUUCAAGCUCUGAUCUGUUUGAGUUGGAAAACUUUGACUUGGGUUUCUAUUCUUCAAGUGGUUUGCCAGUUUAUGAGACCACCCAUGUGGAUAGCAUCAAAAGAGGUGCCCCUAUUUCCAAUAUUGGUGCAAUAUAGGGCUGUAUUUUCUUCUUCUUCUUCUUCUUUUUUCUUCAUAUUCUUCUUCUUUUUUUCUUCUUCAUAUUCUUGGUGUUCUUGCUAUGUGUUCCUCUUCGAUGUUUGGAGCUGUGAAAAGGAGAAUGUUCGAAUUCUUGCUCGGUUA